AUGCCGCAGCCGCUGCCGCCCAAGGAAGCGGCGCAGUUUCGGACCGUCAUCCGAAGCUAUGAAGACAAGCAGUACAAGCGCGGCCUCAAGACCGCCGACCUCAUCCUCAAGAAGAUCCCCAAGCAUGGCGACACCAUGGCUAUGAAGGCCCUGAUCUUCAACGGUCAGGGCAAGACGGACGAGGCCUUUUUGCUGGCCAAGGAGGCCCUGACGGUGGACAUGAAGUCACACGUCUGCUGGCACGUCUACGGCCUAUUAUACCGCGCCAACAAGAACUUUGAGGAGGCCAUCAAGGCGUACAAGUUUGCGCUGAAGCUGGAGCCCGACUCGCCCCAAAUCCAGCGCGACCUCGCCAUCCUCCAGGUUCAGAUGCGCGACUACCAGGGGUACAUCCAGAGCCGCACUGCCAUGCUUCAGGCGCGCCCCCAGCUGCGACAAAGCUGGACGGCUCUGGCCAUCGCGAACCACCUCGCCGGCAAUCUCUCCGAGGCCGAGAACGUCCUGACCACCUACGAGGGCACCCUCAAGACCACGCCUUCGCGCCACGACAUUGAGCACUCGGAGUCCAUCAUGUACAAGAACUCCCUGAUCGCCGAGCAGGGCGACUACCAGCGCGCGCUGGACCACCUCAACGGUGACGCCAAGCAAAAUCUGGAUCGCCUGGCCGUUCUCGAGGCCCGUGCAGAGUAUCUUAGCAAGCUCGGGAGGAAAGACGAGGCCGCCAAGGCGUACAGGGCGCUUCUCGACCGUAAUGCGGAACACCCUGACUACUACGAGAAGCUGGCUGCCGCCCUGGGUAUUUCAGAGGAGGACCACACGGCAAGGAAAGCCAUCUACGACGAAUACGUCAAAAAAGCACCCCGCAGCGAUGCUGCCCGGCGCAUUCCGCUCGAUUUCCUCCAAGGAGACGCCUUCAAGCAAGCCGCCGACGACUACCUGACGCUGAUGCUCAACAAGGGCGUGCCUUCAACGUUUGCGAACCUGAAGCACCUGUACUCCGAUUCCUCCAAGAAGAGCACGCUCAAGGAGCUGGCCGAGAAAUACCUGACGUCUCAGUCAUCCGACUCGGCAAGCAAGGACAAGGGCGAGGCCGCUGGGCUGUACUAUCUCGCGCAGCACUACAACUACCACCUGAGCCGCGACUUGAACAAGGCAACGGAGUACAUUGACAAGGCCAUCGAGAAGGAUCCGAAGAGCGUGGACUUCCACAUGACCAAGGCCAGGAUAUUAAAGCACGCCGGUAACCUGCAACAGGCGUCCGAGAUGAUGGAUCGCGCUCGCAAACUGGACCUCAAGGAUCGGUACAUCAACAGCAAGGCCGCCAAGUAUCAGCUGCGUAACAACGAGAACGAGAAGGCACUCAAGACCGUUGGUCUGUUCACGCGGGCGGAGACGGUGGGGGGUCCUCUUGCGGAUCUUCUGGACAUGCAAUGCAUCUGGUUCCUGACGGAAGACGGCGAGGCUUAUGCCAGGCAAGGCAACAUUGGCAUGGCCCUCAAGCGGUUCCACGCUGUCGGAAACAUCUUCGACGUCUGGCAGGAAGACCAGUUUGACUUCCACAGCUUUUCCUUGAGGAAGGGCCAGAUCCGGGCGUACAUUGACAUGAUGCGAUGGGAGGACCACGUGCGCGACCAUCCCUUCUACUCGCGCGCGGCGCUGGACGCCAUCGGUAUCUAUCUCAAGAUGGCCGACAAGCCGUCGGCGAACGGCGUCAAUGGGGCCGACGACGACAACAGCGAAGACGCACUGGCGAGGAAGAAGGUGGCCAAGAAGGCAAAGAAGGAACAGCAACGCUUGGAGCGGGAGGCGGCAGAGAAGCAGGCCAAGCAGGACCCCAACAAGUCCUCCCAGACGGGCGAGCCUAAGAAGAAGGACGAGGACCCGCUUGGACUGAAGCUGGCCGCCACCACGGAUCCUCUUGGCGAGGCCAUGAAGUUCCUCGAACCCCUGCUGCAGGCGUGCCCGAAGAGCAUCGAGGGUCAGGUUGCUGGCUUCGAAGUGUACAUGCGACGCGGGAAAUACGUGUUGGCGCUGCGCUGCCUCAACAACGCUCUGAGUCUCGAUGCGACCCACCCCAGGGUUUACGAGCAGGUGGCUGCGUUCAGGAGCUUGCUCAACUCUUCUCCCGACGUGGCUCCCAAGGCCGCCGAGGUGCUGAAGACGCAGUUCAAGGCGGUGGACGAGUCGACCAGCUUGAGCAAGUAUAUUGAGCAAUUCGAGGCGCAACACAAGGCGAGCCCCCGCCACGCGCUGUCGGCCAUUGCGGCCAGGAGGAGCAUCGGGGAAGACAAGGGCAAGUGCGACAAGCGCGUCGUCGAUCUGCUGAGCAUGGAGGGUGUGUCCUCUUCGGACGCAGUCGAGAUGCUGGAGAGGCUCAAGGGCUGGAGGAGUCCGGCAGUGGCGGACUUCAGAAUCGCGGCGCAGGCCAAGUGGCCCGAGGUCACACGGCUGGCUUGA